AUGGCUUCGCGAUCUUUAGCACAAGUGGGUCGCGUCGCUACGACCCGCUUGUUAAGAUCUAACCUACAACGGAUUGUUCUGCCAGCUACAGCCAGUGUGCGUCAAAGUUCCACUACUACUGACAAGAAGGGCGUCCAUACUUCUGUCGUUGCACAAGCACAACCGCAAACCCGAACUGACAAAGAAAUCGCUCUAGAUGUCCGGAUCCUAAUUUUUCCGUUCAAGGCACCGAAAUCGUCAAGCUCUGGAUCUAAGGGAAGGAUUGUAGCAGUUAUCGGUGCCGUCGUUGAUGUACAAUUCGAUGAGAAUCUGCCACCUAUUCUUAACGGUCUUGAAGUUACAGGACGUAAACCUCGCCUCAUUCUUGAAGUCUCACAACAUCUUGGAGACAGUGUUGUCCGAUGCAUUGCUAUGGACGGAACUGAAGGUCUCGUUCGUGGACAAGAAGUCGUUGACACCGGAGAUCCAAUUAAGAUCCCUGUCGGACCAGAAACCCUUGGCCGUAUCAUGAACGUUAUUGGGGAGCCCAUCGAUGAACGAGGUCCCAUCUCAGCUAAACACAUGGCUCCUAUCCACGCUGAAGCCCCAGAAUUCGUCGAAAUGUCUGUCGAGCAAGAGAUUCUUGUGACUGGAAUCAAGGUCGUAGAUCUGCUCGCUCCCUACGCCAAGGGAGGAAAGAUUGGACUUUUCGGUGGUGCCGGAGUAGGAAAAACUGUACUUAUUAUGGAGCUCAUCAACAACGUCGCCAAAGCUCACGGAGGUUACUCUGUGUUCGCUGGUGUUGGAGAACGGACUCGUGAGGGUAACGAUCUGUACCACGAGAUGAUUGAAGGAGGUGUCAUCGAUCUCAAGGUGAGCACUUUUAUAUCGUUUCCCUUCUUGUCCUUAUGGGUACCAGUUUUUUCGUUAGUUGCUGUUGUACGGGUUUGAGC